GUCCCCAUGGCUCCUUCAUCUUCACCCAUCCUUCUACCUCUGUACCAGUAUCUGCUGCUGGUAUCCAGCUUUGCCCAGGCAGGCAGGCUGCUGGUGGUGCCAAUGGACGGGAGCCACUGGUUCACCAUGCAUUUGGUGAUUAAGAAACUCAUUGAGAGAAAGCACGAGGUGGUUGCGGUCAUGCCAGAGGUGAGUUGGCACAUGGGACAAUCAAUGAAUUUCACAGUGAAGCACUAUGCAACCUCCUAUGCUCUGGAGGAGUUAAACCGGGAGUUAAAGAUUUUCACAGAUGCUGCAUGGGAGAGGAAGGAAGAAAAUAUGUUUCAUACAUUGGUUUUUACGAAGAAAGGUUUGGACAUGCUGUUUUCACACUGUAGAAGUUUGUUUAACAACAAGACCUUAGUGGAAUACUUAGAGGAGACUCAUUUUGACGCAGUGUUUAUGGAUCCUAUGGAGCCAUGUGGCUUAAUUGUGACCAAGUACUUGUCCCUGCCCUCUGUGAUCCUCACCCGGGGACUCUACUGCCAUAGCAUUGAAGAGGGCACACAGUGCCCUGCUCCUCCGUCCUAUGUUCCCAGAAUUCUCUCACAGUUCUCAGAUGCCAUGGAUUUCAAAGGGAGAGUACAGAACUAUAUUGCCCGCUUUGGGGAGCAUUUAAUUUGUCCAUAUUAUUUCAAGAAAGUCUUAGAAAUUGCCUCUGACAUUCUCCAAACACCCGUCACAGCAUAUGACCUCUUCAGCCACACAUCGAUCUGGUUGUUGCGCACAGACUUUGUUUUCGACUAUCCCAAGCCUGUGAUGCCCAACAUGGUCUUUGUUGGUGGGAUCAGCUGCCACAAGGGAAAGCCCUUGGCUGAGGUUCGUUCUCUCUCCUUUGCUAUGUAG